UAAUAACCAAACAAACACGGUGUUAUGAAGUUAGUUAGUUAGCAGUGCGUGUAUGGUUUUAGAGAAUAGUGAAGCGAAGCGAUGGUGUUUUCUUCCAACCCUUUAGCUCUCAGUGUUCCGGAACCGGCCUUCGAGUCGUGGCUCCGCGACACCGGCUACCUCGAAAUCCUCGACCACCGCACUUCCUCCUCAGCCGCCGCCUCUCCCGCCCCUUCCUCUGCCGCCGGCAGCCUCUUCUCCCGCCUCUUCACCUUCUUCUCUCUCUUCACUCUCAACCCCUUCGCCAAGCUAACUGCAGAUGACUUCGCCGCCGACACUCCCUCCUGGUCCCGCUCCUUCUUCGCUUUCUCCGACUCCUACUCCUUCCCUUCCUCCUCCUCCCAGGCGCGCCUCAGGGUUCAGGAAAAUAUCAAGCGCUACGCCCGCAACUACGCCUAUCUCUUCAUCCUUUUCUUCGCCUGCACAUUGUAUAAGAUGCCAGUUGCUCUUGUUGGGUUGAUAUUGUGUUUGGCGUUGUGGGAUUUCUUCAAGUUUUGUAGCCAAAGAUGGGGAUUGGAGCAUUAUCCCUUAACUCGCCAGUGUUUGAUUCGUGCUGCCCAAUGUGGUGAGCAAUCAUUUCCUACUGGAGAGAUUUUUUUUUUUCUUGUGUUUUAGUACCUCGAGUAUCUACUGGUUUUUUAUU